UUAUCCACCUAGAUAGCUGACAUUCAUGAGGAAAUAUUUGUGUACGACUUGACAAAUGUUUCCGGUUUGUCGAUUCCGUCUAACAUAUGUCCCCAGCGGGGCGAUACGAAGGAGUGGUGACCUUUUAAGUUAAAGGACAAACUCUAGAUAACGUGGUCCUGAUUGAUUAUAAUAUUAUAUAACGCUAGCGGGUUUAACAGGAUCAGUUUACCCACGUGACCCGCUAAAACACGUGUUUUUAGGUGUAAACAUCCUGCAGUCUAUUUACCUGUAUGUGUGUCCGGAAGUCACAAUUAGGCCCAUAUGGGUUCACGACCCCAUUUUGUCGAUGUGGUUCAAGAGCUAUUGUUGAUUUGAAAGGGCACUGCCUCAUUGAUGUAUCAUGCCUGUGUAUGACCAAGCAUGGAAAAUGUGAGUCACUAACGGUAUCUGACGGUCAAUGGAAAUGUCUUCAAAACACAGCAUACUGUUGUGACGCAGUGUGUAUUUAUAUCGCGUAACAGAAGGAGCUAGAAUACUACUGUAAAUUCUGACAGUGUUUCCCGUCAAAUCACAACAGCUCCCGGGUUGUUAUCUUACAAUUUUCAUUCAGUAGAUUAGCAUUAUGCCGAUGGGACGGUCCUACUAGCCAAAAAGUGUGUAUAGUAACUAUGACAUAAGUUAACCCACGUGGUGGCAGUGGAGCAGACGGCACAUUUGGACGGCAGUUGAUGAGGGUAUGUGAUGAAGACGAAGGUGUUCGCUUUAAUGGGAGGAUUUACGUCUCUGAUGCAGGUGUUCGCCCUCUGUACUCCAUGGUGGGUAAUUGUCAAGAGGGACGAACGUCGGACGGUGUACGGGCUGUGGUACACCCUCUCAUGUGAAGUAUCACAAGGCGUGUCCUUCUGCAAGACUCUGUACCACCACGAGCCUCACGAGGAACAUGACGUCAUCGAUGUUGUGUCUAAUUUCCUGGAGUAUGAGAUCGAGACGAUGGUUGCCGCAUGCGUGUGCCUUGCAGCCACAGCCCUUGGCACAGUGUACCGACAUCGUAGAGCCAGCAAAGACUACCUCGGGUACGGCCUGGGCGGGAGCCUCCUUCUUGUCGCUUCAGGUUCCACGGCAUGGGUAGCUAUUGGCAAACUUAUAAAGGAGAAUGUCGACCUGGGCGGACACGAAACAAUAGACAUCCCGUGGUCACUCAUCAUAUCAGCGCUGUCCAGUACUGUUCCAUUUGUUCUUGGCGCUUUUACGGUACCCUUUUUACUUACGAACUUCCGGCAAUUAAAACGAGACCGGGUAGCUGCGCGUGCUUUGGAGGACAAGAUUCAAUCUAGCACAGCGAACCUGUACACGACAGAUAUAAGUAUGGACCGUCUCCCGGGCUACCACAACAUGGGCACGUCCCUAACGCCCGCUCCCAGCUUUUCCACUCUGGACUCCACGGCUUUCCCGGGCGAUUCCGUGAUGUCAGAGCCAAUUAAAAGUGGCGAGAUUUUCCUGUGAUAUAGUGUUAAUGUGAUAGUUCUGUGUUAGUCUCCGUUAAUUGUUGAUGUACUAUACAUGUAUAUGAUGUGUAACAUCAAAGUUGCACGUGUUACACUGUAUCGGACUUAAGUAUGUCAGUAUAAGAUACUAUUAGUUUUAUCAUUUUCAUGUAAUUUUAUGUUCACAAAAUGUGCCAUGAUUUUUUUUAUCGGACAUUGUUACCUAUUUAAUUAAUAUUCAUUAAUUAAAUAAUCAUAUGAUGAUCGUGACGUCACAACUGUAACAUUGUUUGGACAUUAUUCAUGUAUGUUUAUAUCGGAAUAUUACCUAUGUGUUCAAUGGUUUUGUAUAUGAAAUGUAUCGGCACGCAUGACUCACCUGUUGUGGAUCUCUUUAGACAGAAUGUGUUAAAACUAGUGAAACUGUGUGGUACAGGUAAUUGAAAGUAUAUCAUGCUGAAAACGUGAUGCCAUAUUCAAUCCUGCCACAAAAUAAAUCCAGAUACAUGUAAUUUUGUUGCUCAAUAUAUUGAUUAGUCAUCUUCGACUUCGACUUUCAUUUCAUGAAAGACUUAAUGAUCAAGAUAAGUCGACAUAACGAUAGUGAUGUGUCCACUUAUCUCGUGUUAAAUUAAGUAGUGGCAGAAAUAUGCCACCAUACAAAAAAGUCACUAUUAAUUACCUAAACAAUAACAUAUUCCUUUGAUAGAAUAAUUAAUGUUCUUGCGUCUUACACAAUUCUGUGUACUCAGAUUCCAAGUGACUGUCUUCUACAUCAAGAGCAAUAUACUUCUAAGACCAAGAAAUGCAUGUGCAUUGGAGAUCGGGUGCAGCCCGCGAGUCGGCAAUACUUAAUCAUGGCUUCUGUGCCACAUCUUCUAAAAUGGAAUGUGCGUGGGAAGUGUGGAAUAGUUUCCUAGUUUUUGUCGUUCAGUGUGAAGCAAUGAAGUCUGUGUUUGUUCGAAACGAACUUCAAUUUUCAACAUGAGUGCAAUAUUGAAAACCAUCUUUAGACCGUUUAGUCAUUGCAGCUUUAUUUUUUAUCUUGAAAAUUAAAGAGAUAUAAACCGGUCAGUUUUCUAAUGAUGGUUAAUACCAGAACAAAUUUCGAAUGUAGUGUGAUACUAGAGUUAAUAUAUGUAAUGAAUGGUGAUACUAGAGUGAAUAUAUGUAAUGAAUGGUGGUACUAGAAUGAAUGUUGAUACUAGAGUGAAUAUAUGUAAUGAAUGGUGGUCCUGGAGUGAAUAUAUGUAAUGAAUGGUGGUACUAGAGUGAAUAUGUGUAAUGAAUGGUGGUACUAGAGUGUAUAUAUGUAAUGAAUGGUGGUACUAGAAUGAAUGUUGAUACUAGAGUGAAUAUAUGUAAUGAAGGGUGGUACUGGAGUUAA